CUCUCUGCUCCUCUCGCCGGCUGCCAGGGCCGGGCCAACCCGCAUAAUGGUCAAUCGAACCCGAAAGUCCGGAACGACGACUUUCACUUUUUGCGUUUGAUCACACCCCAAAAAACCUUUCUUUCUCCCAUUUUCCCCUACCACUUGGCGAAAAGACUUAUUCCCAAUUACUUCGCCUUGAGAUCUCGCGCUGCCGUUCUUCUUCCCCGUCAGGCUCUGAUUGUGAACAAGAGAUCGGCACAAAUGGCUCGCCAAGCCACCAGGCUGGUCGCGUCCCUGUCCUCCAAGCUCCGCUCUCCCAGUCCCCGGAUCACCCCGCCCUCCUCUUCAUCGUCCCAUUCUCUAUCGCAAUCGCGCUCCUUCGCCGCCGCCCCGCCUCCCCCGCCGGCGGUCUUCGUCGACAAGAACACCCGCAUCAUCUGCCAGGGCAUCACCGGCAAGAACGGCACCUUCCACACCGAACAAGCCAUCGAAUAUGGCACCAAGAUGGUUGGAGGAGUCACACCGAAGAAGGGUGGCACAGAACACUUGGGGCUUCCUGUCUUCAACUCCGUUGCGGAGGCAAAGGCCGAGACAAAAGCUAAUGCAUCCGUGAUUUAUGUGCCUCCACCCUUUGCUGCUGCGGCCAUUAUGGAGGCCAUGGAAGCUGAAUUGGACCUUGUUGUUUGUAUCACAGAAGGAAUUCCUCAGCAUGACAUGGUUCGUGUGAAGGCCGCACUUCAAAGGCAAUCCAAAACAAGACUAAUUGGUCCUAAUUGCCCUGGUAUCAUCAAACCUGGAGAGUGCAAGAUUGGAAUCAUGCCUGGAUAUAUUCACAAACCAGGGCGUAUUGGAAUUGUUUCUCGUUCGGGCACGUUGACAUAUGAAGCCGUUUUUCAAACAACAGCGGUUGGUCUUGGGCAAUCCACAUGUGUAGGUAUUGGUGGUGAUCCUUUCAAUGGGACAAACUUUGUUGACUGCAUGGAGAAGUUUCUGGCAGAUCCUCAGACCGAAGGUAUCGUUCUUAUUGGUGAGAUUGGAGGUACUGCAGAAGAGGAAGCUGCUGCUCUAAUAAAGGCGAGCAAGACAGAAAAGCCAAUCGUUGCAUUCAUUGCUGGACUCACUGCUCCACCUGGACGUCGUAUGGGCCAUGCUGGAGCUAUCGUCUCGGGCGGAAAGGGAACCGCACAAGACAAGAUCAAGACGCUUAAGGAAGCCGGGGUGACUGUAGUUGAAUCUCCAGCAAAGAUUGGUACCGCCAUGUUCAACGUAUUCAAGGAGAGGGGUCUGGUUAAUUGAACCUAAGCAUGUGUUUCCAUUGAGUAGCAGGUUUUACUUCAGACUUGAUUUGCAUAGCUGUUUUUCUGUUGCCUUUUUCAACGAUGUCUGAAAGGAGUUCAGAGGAAAGUUUCUUGAUUGACAAGGCAUCAGCCUGCCCCAUGAGAGUUGUAAAAACCUUUGCUUUUUGUAAGAGCUCUCCUUUUACUCACUCCACUGCUCUGCAGUGUGAAAAAUAAUUUUUGUUACGCUGAAGGUUAAAAGAUAAAAGACCCUUUUGCAGGCUAAUGGUCGUUCCUUUUUCCAAUCUUGGAACCUGAAAAUCGAAAGAUGGCGGAAAAAGAUGAAGCUUAAUUGAAUUCCAAUGGUUCACAAACCAGGUGAAGCUACAACAAAGUCAACAAUGGCGGUCCAUUUUUAAAACUCCACACUAAAGCCAGGAGGUAGAAAAAUAUCAGACUCGCGAGGCAACGAUUUCACUUCCUGAAUACUGCCAUCCUCCAACUGGAACAUCCGAAUGCCGUCAGUAGUCAACAUGGUUCUGGCCACAUAGUCGUCGUCAUCCGAGUAGUAAAUGCAGUCUUUUCUCCCGCCGGCGAUCUGUGCAGCCGGAGCCGAGAAACAGCACUCCGUCGUCAGCACAAACACUGUAUCAUCAUCCCCCAACGACUUCACUUCAACCCAUUCCCUCAUUUCCUCAUCCAGCUUGUAGACCUUGAAAUCCACCGCUCUGGGGUUCCAGUUCCUGUUCCUCCCCGUUCCCACAAGGUAUCGGAUUGGGUUGAAGCUGUUGGUAAUCGCAUCGUCCACAUCCUUGGAAUUCCUCCUCCUCCCAUCCAAAUACCUAUCGACCAGAUACAGAUCGCCGCCGGACUCCACCAGAUUCUUCUGCCCGCCGCCGCCGGAUCCGUCGUGGAGGAACUGCGGCGGCGAGUAGGAUUUGUCGAAUCUAAGAGACGAAUCGAUGAGCGACAGCUUCCCCAAUCUGUCGAUUACGUGAUACCGAGCUUGGUGGAGGAUUAUAUCGUCGUAAUCGAAGUUUCUGCUGUCUAAGUAAGUCCAGUGCUGGUCUCCUUUCCUCCAGUAGCCUAUUCUGCCUUCGUGGAAAAUGGCGAUGACGGUGACCGUCGACUGUUGGGGCGGUGGAGACGCCGCCGAGGCGGCGGGGGGAAAGGGGAGGACCUUGUUGAUCUCGAAGGCUGGAAACCCAAUCUGGUAGCUGAGGCGGAACGAGGUGCAUAAUUGGACGGCCCGAAAGUCGAGCAAGCUCAAUUGAAUCGGAGAGGAGUGGAGCUUGAGGUUGGAGAUUGGGUUCAGAAGCUGCAGCUUGCCGCGGGAGGAUUCCUCGAUCUUGAUCAGCCAGCCGCCGUCUGCCUGCGGCGGUGCAUCACCAUCGAUUGAAUCAUCAUUGGGAAUCGGAGGCUGAAACUCCACACAGCACAUGGUGGAGGGAAUGAGGAAGCCGUCGAUGUCGCCGGGGUAAGGUAGCCUGACCUCGACGGGUGGAAUCAGUUGGUCGAAGUCAGGGGUGGGGACGGCGGAGCGCCAUGAAUAGCAGACGGAUCGGAAGGUGAGAACGUCGACGGGGCGACCGACGCGGCUGCCGAUGGCAUCCAGGAUCUCCUCGGGGAGAUCUGCCCAUGGCGAUCCACCGCGAGUCGUUGUCAUAGUGGAGUUGCAGAAAUGUAGAAGCAGUGGGGCCGGAGACUGGAGCUGUGAGUAGGUGGAUGGUGGUGGCAUCAAUGAGGAUCUUUGACAAACGAAAGCUCGAAUAUUUUGCGACGGAAGGUCGCUUUCCAUACGAGUGGGAGCUCUAUUCGCAAGCAACUGCUGUGGGUUGCUUUCAUAUUGUACAUGGCACUGGUGGAUUGUUGGAGGGUAGGUGGUAGCAACAAAGCUGUGUUGCAGGAGCAAAAGCUAGUUCACCUGUGAUUCUUGCUCCGUUUGCUGCUGCUGCAGCUAUUAUGGAGGCUGUGGAAGCUGAACUCGACCUUGUUGUUUGUAUGUAAUGUCACAGAAGGAAUUCCUCGGAAUGACAUGGUAAGUGCCUCUGCUGCCGUCUCUUGGGGCUGUGUUUGUGAAGCUGAUGGAUGUGUUUUCAGAUCUCCUGGACUUUUCUGGAUGUUUACUUCUUUCUCUGUCCCUACUUGAGCAAUGUAACCUGUUCUCUGGCUAGUUAAUGUGUAAGAAAAGAACUAGCCGUCUCAGUUUUCCCUUUUACAACCUGACCGGUGAAGCUUCAAAGUUCAAAUGGUUCAAUCCUCAGAAGCUGAAGGAAUCUGAUCUUGUAAAGUAAAUCGUCUGGGGACUAACAUGCGGUUUGAAUAGAGCAUUUUCUGAUUUCAUGUUCAUGGUUUGUUAUUUGAUCCUGACAUUGGCAGGCAUGUUCAGGAAUUUCUGCAAUUUUGUGCCAUCAAGUUUCUUGUUGGUCCCUUGUAAAGUUAAUACUUUAAUUUGAC